AUGAAAAAUCUAUCCUCUUUGAUAAACAAAAAUAAAAGGAAGGAAGCGAGCAGCUCGGAUUCGUAUUUAAUGAGGAUUGACUUGCAUGAACCAAACUUGAUGAGGAUUGACGACCAAAGUAAGAAAGACGACUUAGAUAUUGUCCAUCUUGAGUACAGUCCAGAUCCAAUACCGCCAAGCGACGAUAAUAAAGUAAUUACUGAUAUACUUGACGCUACUCAAGAUGCUAAGGACGCCGAUGAAAGUGAGAGGAGGAUGCCUCUUGUGAAAGCCUUGAAGACAUAUCCGAAGGCGGCGGCUUGGUCAUUGUUAGUUUCUACAACCCUUAUCAUGGAAGGGUAUGAUACGGCAAUUCUUGGCGCUUUUUAUGCUUUGCCAGUUUUUCAGAGGGAUUUCGGCUCUCAAGAUGCCCAGACAGAAGAAUGGGAAAUUUCAGUAUCGUGGCAAAUUGGUUUAACCUUAUGUUAUAUGGCGGGUGAGAUCGUGGGUCUACAGUUGACAGGACCAUCAGUAGAUUUCCUAGGAAAUCGUUAUACGUUGAUAUUGGCGCUGUUGCUUUUAGCGGCUUUCACGUUUAUACUGUACUUUUGUAAAAACCUAGGGAUGAUCGCACUGGGACAGGCAUUAUGUGGUAUGCCAUGGGGUUGCUUUCAAUGCCUAACUGUUUCUUAUGCUUCUGAAAUCAGCCCCUUGGCCUUCAGGUACUAUUUGACUACUUAUUCGAACCUAUGCUGGUUGUUUGGUCAGCUUUUCGCCGCAGGAAUUAUGAAAAACUCUCAAAACAAAUAUGCAGACUCAGAAAUGGGAUACAAGCUGCCGUUUGCCUUACAGUGGAUCUGGCCUAUUCCCCUCGCAAUAGGUAUUUUCUGUGCUCCUGAAUCACCAUGGUGGCUUGUCAAAAAAGGGAGAUUUGACCAGGCAAGGAAAUCCCUUGAAAGGACACUAAGUGGCAAUGGUCCCGAAAAAGAGUUACUGGUAACUAUGGAGGUAGAAAAAAUUAAAAUUACCAUAGAAAAGGAGAAAAAGCUGUCAAGUAAAGAGGGUUCCUAUUGGGAUUGUGUGAAGGACAAGGUUAAUCGCAGGAGAACCAGGAUAACUUGUUUAUGUUGGGCUGGUCAAGCAACUUGUGGUGCAACGCUAAUUGGUUAUUCGACGUACUUUUACGAAAAAGCGGGUGUUGACACAGAAAUGGCUUUCACUUUUAGUAUUAUUCAAUUCUGCCUUGGUAUCUGCGCAACAUUUUUAUCCUGGUGGAUUUCCAAAUAUUUUGGUCGAUAUGACCUCUACGCCUUUGGAUUGGCCUUUCAGGCCAUAGUUUUUUUUAUUAUAGGCGGUUUGGGAUGUUCAGACACUGACGGUGCCAAAAUGGGAAGUGGCUCUCUUUUAAUGGUUGUAGCGUUUUUUUAUAACCUAGGAAUUGCCCCUGUCGUUUUUUGCUUAGUCUCUGAGAUGCCAUCUUCGAGGCUAAGGACGAAAACAAUCAUUUUGGCUCGUAAUACUUAUAAUUUGAUAAGUAUCGUAAGUAGUGUUCUGAUAUUAUACCAAUUGAACUCCCAAAAGUGGAACUGGGGUGCAAAGUCAGGCUUUUUCUGGGGAGCAUUAUGCGUUGGGACUCUAAUAUGGGCCGUCAUCGAUCUUCCCGAAACUGCUGGUAAAACCUUUGUUGAAAUAAAUGAACUAUUCAAACUUGGUGUUCCAGCAAGAAAAUUUAAGUCUAUAAAAGUGGACCCCUUUGCCCCAAAGGAAAUUUCUGAAGAUUGUAGCCAUAAAGUUACAGAAACUUUCGUCGACGGGGGAGAAGAGGAAAAGGGCUUAUUCAUCAUUAGUAAAUCCUGA